AUGUCACAAGAUUAUUCAUAUUAUGGAUUUUCCUACAUAAAGAGAAAUGCAGAAAACAACACAGGCAACACGGUGGCCCUUAGAAAUGCGGCAGAUAUCUCCGUUAUUGUGGUCUACUUUCUGGUUGUCCUGGGGGUCGGAGUAUUGGCUAUGGUCCGCACCAACCGAUCCACUGUAGGUGGCUUCUUCCUUGCAGGGAGGAGUAUGGUUUGGUGGCCGAUUGGCGCAUCGCUGUUUGCCAGCAAUAUUGGCAGUGGCCACUUUGUAGGAAUCGCUGGUACUGGCGCAGCUGCAGGAAUAGCCAUUGGUGGAUUUGAAUGGAACGCUCUUGUUGUGGUUGUCAUUCUGGGAUGGCUCUUUGUGCCCAUCUACAUUAAAGCUGGGAUCGUCACCAUGCCUGAGUACUUGAAGAAGAGGUAUGGAGGACAGCGCAUUCGCAUUUAUCUCUCUGUUCUCUCCCUCUUCUUGUAUGUCUUCACCAAAAUCUCAGCAGACAUGUUCUCGGGUGCAAUUUUCAUCCAGCAGGCGCUUGGGUUGAACAUCUACCUCGCUGUUAUUGCACUUCUAGCGAUUACGGCACUGUACACUGUCACAGGCGGACUGGCAGCAGUGAUCUACACAGACACUUUACAGACCAUCAUCAUGGUUAUUGGAUCAUUCAUUCUCAUGGGCUUUGCUUUCCAUGAGGUGGGAGGCUAUGUAAACUUUGAGAAACUCUACAUGCAAGCUAUCCCCUCAGUCACGGGUAACAUCAGUGCAAACUGCUAUGAGCCCCGGCCAGACUCCUUCCAUAUCUUCAGAAAUGCAGUUACAGGAGACCUCCCAUGGCCUGGUCUUGUGUUUGGACUCACCAUUCAGGCUACCUGGUACUGGUGUACUGAUCAGGUGAUUGUGCAGCGCUGCCUCUCUGCCAAGAGUCUCUCUCACGUUAAAGCAGGUUGUAUCCUAUGUGGUUACCUGAAGCUGCUGCCCAUGUUCCUCAUGGUUUUCCCCGGGAUGAUUAGCAGGAUCCUGUACACAGAUGUGGUAGGAUGUGUGGAUCCAGAUGAAUGUGAAAAAUACUGUGGGACCAGGGUGGGCUGCAGCAACAUCGCUUAUCCGAAACUGGUCGUCGAACUCAUGCCUAAUGGCUUGCGAGGUCUUAUGCUGUCUGUGAUGCUGGCCUCUUUGAUGAGCUCCCUUACCUCUAUCUUCAACAGUGCCAGUACUCUCUUCACCAUGGACAUCUACACUAAAAUCCGUCGCUCUGCUAGUGAGAAGGAACUCAUGAUUGCUGGCAGAGUUUUUAUCUUGGUCCUGAUUGGUGUGAGCAUAGCAUGGAUUCCAGUGGUGCAGGCAGCCCAAAGUGGUCAGCUCUUCGACUACAUCCAGUCCAUCACCAGCUUCCUAACUCCACCUGUUGCAGCUGUCUUCUUGCUUGCCAUCUUCUGCAAACGUGUCAAUGAGACUGGGGCCUUUUUUGGACUGGUAAUUGGACUGGUUAUUGGCUUGACCAGGAUGAUUGCUGAGUUUGUUUAUGGGACAGGUAGCUGUGCUGUCCCCAGUAACUGUCCCACUAUCAUAUGUGGCGUUCACUACCUUUACUUUGGGAUCCUCCUGUUUGUCAUUUCCUGCGUCAUCAUUCUGACAGUGUCUCUCAUGACCAAACCCAUCGAUGACAAACAUCUGUACCGACUGUGCUGGAGCCUGAGAAACCGCACGGAGGAGAGGGUUGACCUUGAGAUGGAUGAUUGGGCUGAUAACCAAGAUUCCAGCAGUGAGGACUCAGACGGUAAGGAGCUGACGUACCCAGAUGAUGAGCCUGGCUUCUUUAAGAAGGCGGUGAUGUGCUUCUGCGGCCUGGAAACCAAGAAAGCCCCCAAGCUGACUAAAGAAGAGGAGGAAGAGCUGAAGAAGAAGCUGACAGACACCUCAGAGGUGCCUCUGUGGAGGAACGUGGUCAAUGCCAACGCCAUCAUCCUUCUGUGUGUGUGCGUGUUCUGUCAUGGCUAUUUUGGCUAA